GACAGGAAACGGGAACUGCAAUCUCGACCGAAAUCGUGAUUAAGCGGGGGUUUACUAACGAGGAGGUUGUGCUGGUCUCUGGAGUAGAAUCUGUUGUCUUCGGUCAGCAACAAUUGAUUUGGAGAUCGAUCAAGAGCGGAGCGGGUGAGAGCACGAUGGCGGCAGCUAAGAAGGAGCUGCAGCAGCAAUUGGAAACCCAAGUGAGCGCUCUGUCCAAGAUUCAAAAAGAUAUCACAAAGAAUCAUCAGGUGCGGCGACAAUACACCAUCCAGCAUGGAGAAAACGAAAUGGUUCAAAAGGAACUGGAGUUACUGGAUGAUGAGGCAAACGUGUUCAAACUUAUCGGCCCAGUCUUGGUAAAGCAGGAUUUGGUGGAAGCAAAGGCUAAUGUGAGCAAACGAAUUGAGUACAUAACCGCAGAGCUCAAGCGCUUGGAUGUAACAUUGAAAAAUCUCGAGGAGUCACAAACUUCGAAACGUGAAGAGGUCAUGAAGCUACAACAGAGAAUUCAAGCCGGCAACCCUGGAAAAGGGCGGCCUUAAACCUUUAUUAAGACCUCAUUACAGGUCGAUGGUCUCGAACUCGCUGGCCAGUUCUUGUGAUUGCCCUGGUAGUCUACCAUCUGAGUACCCACCACUGCAGUAUCUUGCGCAUUCCUGCUCAGAUUGUCUUAACGGGUAAUUAGUUUACGGAGGAGGCAUAUAUCUAGCAGUGUGAAGCUUCACCACUGUCACGAAUACAAUUUUCAUACUACCUCCUUGGGUUCGCAAGGUUCAAAUACAGGUGAAUCCGGACGUUGUGUAGAAACUUGAUAAUGCUUUAUGAUGCCCAUUGGUGGAUACUGCUGGCGUAGCAAAGCAGCGCCAACGAAAGCAAUUUAGAGAGAGAUCAGGAGUUGUCUUCAUGAGCCGAGCUCAUUUUGUAUUCCUCGAGAGGUGUAGUUUUGAGAGUGCGUAGCCCUAAGUUUCUCGCUUAUUCUUAUGGACGAAAUACUAAGCCGUGUUUUCCUCUCCUUGCUGGCUUAGACAUUUUGUAAAUAUAAACAAGUGUCACAUGCGCACUACUCAGAUUGUCAGAAACGAUGUCAAUGUCACAACCUAUGUGUGCGUUCUGCCGAUCUACGAUGCUGUAGGGCCCGUUCGAUGUGAUAUUUGUUUGUAUUUUAAUCAACUGUAGAUCCCUAAAAAAUGGGCUCCAAGUAAUCUUUGUCAUUGAUAAUAAACUAGGC